UGGAGCUGCGCGCGCCCGGCGGCCUCGGCGGGGCGGGCGAGAGGAGCGGGCGGCGGGCGGGCCGCGGGGACGCGGGCCUGCGCGCUGGUGCGGCGUCUUGAGCCUCGUCGGCCGCCAUCCCGGAAGUGAGGCCGUUCCAGUCACCGCGCCGGGAAGAGCGAGGGUCUCCGGCGAGCUCUCGCGGCGCAGGGAGAGCCCCGACGCUGUCUGUGGAGUCUGUCCAGAAGACGUUUCUGCUCCGGCUGGCUGGCGACCGUCUGUAAUGAUCUGAUUCUUCGGCGGCUUAACCAUGGCCCAGCGGGCGGUGUGGCUCAUACGUCACGAACCGGGAACUCCACUUAGCGGCACCGUCAGAUUCUCCAGACGAUAUCCUACUGUUGAAAAGCGAGCCAGAAUCCUCAAUGGACUGAGUUAUGUUCCUGUACCUGAAGAUGGUCCCUUCCUUAAAGCAUUACUCUUCCAGCUUAGAUUAUUGGAUGAUGAUAAGGACUUCGUGGAGAGGCGUGAUAGCUGUUCACACAUCAAUAAAGCAUCCAUCUACGGGCUUUCAGUAGGAGGCGAAGAACUCUGGCCAGUCGUUGCUUUUCUGAGGAAUGACAUGGUAUAUGCAAGUGUGCCACUCGUUGAACAAGCUCUGGCUCCUCGCCCACCUUUGAUUAGUAUUAGUGGAGUUUCGCAAGGCUUGGAACUGCUUUUUGGGAUACAGGAUUUUCUUUACUCGAGUCAGAAAAAUGACACUGACCUAAACACAAAAUUGAAUCAGUUGCCUGACUUGCUUCUACAGGCUUGUCCACUGGGUACUUUAUUGGAUGCUAACUUGCACAAUUCACUGACUAGUCUUAAUUUCGCAUCUGUGACUCAGCAGCAAAAACAGCCAGCCUGGAAAGUUGGAACAUACAAAGGGAAAGCACAGAUUUCUAUUUCUAUCACUGAAAAAGUAAAAUGCAUGCAGUAUGGUAAACAGGAUAUAGCAGACACAUGGCAAGUUGUUGGAACAGUCACUUGCAAGUGUGAUUUGGAAGGAAGCAUGCCAAAUGUUACCGUCAGCUUGAAUCUCCCCACCAAUGGAUCUCCACUUCAAGAUAUUAUUGUUCAUCCGUGUGUGACAUCUCUUGAUUCUGCCAUUCUGACUUCUAGUAGCAUUGACACAAUGGAUGAUUCUGCAUUUAGUGGGCCUUACAAAUUCCCAUUCACUCCACCUUUAGAAUCAUUCAACUUAUGCUACUACACUUCUCAGGUCCCUGUCCCACCAAUAUUGGGUUCUUAUCACAUGCAAGAAGAAGAAGUACAACUAAAAAUAACAGUUAAUUUAAAACUACAUGAAAGUGUAAAAAAUAAUUUCGAAAUCUGUGAAGCUCAUAUACCUUUCUACAACAGAGGUCCAGUUACCCAUUUGGAAUACAAAGCUAGUUUUGGUCAACUUGAGGUAUUUCGAGAAAAAAGCUUAUUGGUCUGGAUUAUUGGCCAGAAGUUCCCCAAAUCAAUGGAAAUUAGUCUUUCUGGAACUCUAACUUUUGGAGUCAAGGGCCUUAACAAGCAGCCAUUUGAUCACAUUUGCAUUGGAAAUACAGCGUAUGUAAAGCUUCAUUUUAGGAUCUCAGAUUAUACACUGACUGGAUGUUAUGCAGAUCAGCAUUCAGUUCAAGUUUUUGCAUCAGGAAAACCAAAAAUAAGUGCAUAUCGGAAACUAAUUUCUUCUGAUUAUUACAUCUGGAAUUCUAAAGCUCCUGCUCCAGUAACAUAUGCAUCAUUGUUACCAUGAUUUUCUCAUAUUCAAAGGGGAUUUAUAUGAUGUUAGCAUUCUGUAGUAGAAUCAUAGUAUUUUUAUGUGCUACAUGUAUUCAUAUAACCUGUGAAUGAAAAAAAAUCAAUGUGAUUUAUCAAAAGUCAUAUCUUAUAUAUAUAUAUAUAGAGAGAGAGACUGAUACGUUUUUUGUUGCCCUCUGAUUCAUGCCAGUAUGACUCAGAAUAUAUAUGCACUUUAGCUUAAGACCAGUCUUUGAUCUCCAUGCCAUGUCCUAUUCCCAUGGCAAGACAGUGCAAAUCAAGCAGAGCCCUUUCCUUGAGUAAGAGCUCAGCUUUCUCCUAGUGCAGUUUUCAACAAGGAAACCAUAUGCUUAUUCAAACCUCAGUACCAAACAUGCUAUUACAGAAUACCCACGAUCUGGUUAAAAUCAUCAUAAAUCGUUUCUUUCAAAGUGCAACCAGUGGAAAUAAUGGGAUAAUGUUCAAGAAGUAACCCAUUCUUCAUCACAACUCUCUACUGGCCAAUGAAGAACCUGCAUAAUUCUAGUUGAUGUUGUAGAAAUACUUCCUUUCAGAGACAGAGUCUCAUGGAGCCCAGGCUGGCCUGGGUCUCAGUGUGUAGCUGAGGAUGGCCUUGAACUCUCUCAAGUGCUGGUGGUGUAUCACCAAAUUACAGUGGUGUAUCACCAAAUCCAGUUUAUGCCCUUUUAGGGAUUGAACUCAGGGCAUCAUGCAUGCCAGGCAAGCUCCUACCACCUGAACUACGACCCUAACUCCUGAACUUAAUAAUCUGACAGAAUGAUGUGUGUUUAGGAUGCCAGUAGACUUAAGGAAGAUGAGCAUAGUGAGCUAUGAAAAGUGUCAUUGGACAAGGUUUUUAAAAUAAUUUUUAUGUGUUAUACUAUUGGAUUAAUUAAAAUCUGUUAAUGAAUGAACUCAGGUAAAUACUCAAAAGCCUUUCUGUGGAUAAAAAGUAUCAUUUGCACUUAUUUUUAUAUAGCAUUUUCUUUUCUUUAAGUCUAUCCCUGUCGUUUUCUUUUUGCCAUUUUUUUUCUUCAACACCAUCUAGCCAUGCUCUUUAUCUUCUACCCAUUCUACUAUUAAACAUCAUAUUCUGUUUUCAGAACAGUAUAUUGUCAUCAAGUUAUACUUUAAGUGACCAUUAAAUGAGAGAGAGAUAGAAAGAAAUCGAAAGAUCCUGGGAACUUAACAAGCCAAAUUUAGAAGCUUGACAAAAAAAUAUGAAUUAGGAGAUUAAUAUUUAAUUACACUUAUCCUAGGUUCUGUUUCUUUUCUUUGUUUCUUUUUUUUUUUAAUGAGUCUUCUUAAAAAAGGCUUAGGAAAGGCUGCUAAUUCUUAAAAAGAGAGUUAUAAUUAUUGAAAAGAAAGUGUAUAUAAAUUUAGGACUUGUAAUACAUUUUUUUUUUAAAAUUAGGGUCAGUCCUGCUCAUUAUAAGCCCUCAUUGCCUGCAAAGUAUUAUCCUAGAAUAAAGUUCUAUUUUCACAGUCACCCUGAGCAAAUAGAAGAGAGGAACUGCCUGGCCAGGACUUUAAGACUACCCUGGCUUGCCCAGAGGGAGUCAGUGGUGAAAACUUCUUUUGUGAGAAAACACUGUUCCAUAAUGGUUCUUUAUUACUCUUCAACUCAAAGCUUAACAUUUUAAUUUAUUAAUGGAGCCGUUUGGGAAUGUUGAUUAUACAAAUACUUGGCAAAUUAUACUAAGGUACACAAGACACAUUUAUCUAGUGAGUAUGGAAAGAUUUAAUAUAUAAUCCUUGAGGCAAACUCUCUUCAUAAACAAAUUAGAAAAACAGUGACCUCUAAUUUGACACUUCUAGAAACCUGGGGAAAAUCUAGGGGUUACUAGAAAAGCAUGGGGGUGAUGGGGAACCAAGGCCAUCUGUUGCUGUUCCGUUCUAACACAACACUGGGGAACUAACAGCCAGCCUACGUUUUCAUCCCAUUGAGAUCAGCUGGACACACUGAUGCUUUUGAUUUUGUCUAGAAACCUGUCACUUCAGGAUAAUUUUUAAGGACAGAGCUUGUUCCCGGUUUGGUAGGUGACCUGUUUAAUGUUUCCCUGUGUCUGGGAACUCCUUAGUGUAAUUAGCGACCUUUGAACUCCACAACUAAUCCUGAGCUAUUUUGUAUUCCUUACUCAUCUUUAAGGCUGGACCUUUCUUUUCUUCAGAGUCCACUGCCACAAUUAAAGAAGAAACAGCUGCAUUUCAAAGGGAUUCCGAUUCCAGAAGCUUAAUCGUGAUUGACAUGUUCUUAUUCUAAGCUAUAAGACACUCUAAGAGUCCUUUCUUUGGUUAAAACUUCAAUCAUUUUCUAAAAAAUUAUCUCACUAUGGAUUUUAUUCAUUUUCUUUGAUAGCUAUUCUUUGCAUUUUUUUUUUUUUAACUUGAAAGGUGCUUUGCAUGUGCAGUGAAUGUGAGCAUCGACUUCCAGUGAGAGAUUUGGAUGGUGUCAGACCUGCUCUAGAUGCAGGAGUGCCAAAGUCCUUUUUAGUGACAAAAUAUGAUUAUGAAAUGUGAUAUAUGUGCAGUAAUUAUUCUUUCUCAACCCAAAGGGUUAAAAAAAAGUUUUUAAAUAUCUGAGAAUGAACUCUAGAAAAGAUGGGUCAUGAUUUGGGUAAAUCCUGUUCUCCAUUUUUUUGUUUUGUUUUGUUUUACAAGCAAUAUUUAAAAGACCACAAUUCAGUAGCUAGACAGUGGGGAUGUUUAUACUGUUAAAAUAAUUGAACCUGUCAACUUGGAAGCAGUUCGACUCCUCAAGAGUUUUAGGAGUAUUUAGUUUUAUUUAAAUCUUAGCCUCUUUCAAAACCAUUUUCUUCUUCCAUGCCAUCCCAGUAUUUAUACUGUUGAAAAUUAUGGUCUUAGAAUUCUUGUGCUAUGUUUUAACAGUAGAUAUUUUGCACAUAGUAACUAUUGCUGUUUUUUUUUCUGUUUUGUUGUUUUUGUUUAUUACAAUAUUUAAAAAUCUUAACAAUCAUUCAUAGAUUCCUACAGUACUCCUGGGAGGUAGACAGGUGGAGUUCCCAUCCAAAACCUCUGCAGGGACUGCCUGCUGCCCUAACAGAAGAGUUGUUUAUAAGACAGAGGUCAAAAAAGGGAUGUUAAUAAACAGUCCUCAGGUUUAAGGGACUUUUUAGGAUUACAUCUUAAAUUCCAACAAAUCAGAUUUAGAAGUUGCUGAAAGUGAAAUUGAUCCAUCCCUCAUCCAAACUUUGCAAUACUUUCCUGUUCUGACAUCAUUUAGAUAGUUAGCUGUAUUAUCAGAUUAGAAACCAUUGUACCAGGCUGCUGAAAGGAAAAGGAGGCAAAAAGCUAAACAUGGGAUGAAUUCUGAACCUUUUAACCUGGCUGAAGUAUGUUGGUUGCUGUUAUGCAAAUACCUUCAAUCCUCUGCUAAGUUCCGUGGAAAUAAUUUUCUUGAAUGACAGGUUGAUUCAGCAAGGAUUCAGUGGGUGAUUAAUCCCCCUUUGAUCUAGGGUAUUUCACUUAACUACCAGUUACCUCGUUCUGACAAAGUGCAACUGAGAUUAGGGAGAUCACUAGAACACUACCAGCCUGUGCGUUUAUUCUCUAUAACCUUUUAAAGCAAGGGCCAAGAAUGCAAUUUAUUCUCAGUUUUUGAAGAUGUAAAGUCCUGUCUAAGUUAGAAAGUCAAUUGAAUACCAAAUGAAGUUUAUUUCUUAUAUAAGAAAGCAAACACUUCUUUUUUGCUCUGCCUAACAAUGAUAUUAAGAAUCAUAGGCUUUGAAAGGAGAAAAAAACAAAGGCUGCAAUCCAAAUACAACUUCUUGUUUUGUUUCAUGUGCUAGAGUGCAUGCUUACUGCCCCCAGAUAACCCAAGAAUCAAAGGAGUGGCUACAGUUAUGCUGAGAAAACACUUGUUUCAUGAGACAGCAGUUCCAUCUCCCCAGCCAUUCCUAACAAAACUAAAAAAUACUGCAUAGUGCAGAAAUCCAGUUAAGGACACGUGAAGCAAACAGUCUUGUUAGUUUUUCUUUUCUUGAGGAAGUAGAUCCUCAUAGUCUCGCUAAAAUAAUAACUGCAUUCAUUUUCCCAGAUGUGGUAAUCAUUACCAAAAUACUUGAGAGUCAUUCUUUUAAGUGUUUUCUGACUUUCACUUUUUCCCUUCUCCCAUAUAUUUGAACUUUGAAAUAGUCUGUGCAGUUUAAGAAAAAAAAAAAAUCAGAUGUGUUUCAUGCUGUUUUUCAAAGAAAUCACUUUUUAAAAUCACUGUCAAUAUUAGUAUUUGCAAGAUGUCAAAGAUUUAUUCAAGUAUACUUUAUGGCCUAUAAAAUAUAAAGAUACAUACUAUACAUACAAUUAUUUGUAACAAAUGAUUAGCUUUGUAAAACAGAACAUUCAUCCUGGCUCAUCCUAGUAGCAGUCUACAUUAGAACUUAAUGUUUAAGUAAUUUGUUACGCUUUGUUUUACUCCUACCUUUGUAAUUUAUAAAUCAGAACAAUUCAAAUGCAUAUAGAAGUGUAUGACAUAGUAACCUCCUGUAGUUCUAAUUUAAAUUAAUCAUCCGUUUUCAAAUACUUUGGGUGAUCAGAAUAAAAUGUAGACGAUACUGUUAAAGGGCAAGAUUCCAUGGUUAUGUUGCCAAGAAACUUGAGAUUUGAGUAGUUAACUGUUCCCUAUAGUAAAUAGGCAAUAAGUAUUUACUAUUUCAAAAUAUGCCAUCAUGGAAUAUGCUUAUAAGCAAUGGUGUUUGUGUGUUUCUGCGGUGUAUUCCAUGCCUGUGUCGCUAAGUUCACCUGUGAGCCAUCCCAACAUUGUUUCAGGGGAAGAAAAAUAUUGUGAAAUUGUCUCUUCAGAUAUUUCUACAAACAUCAAUAGUUCCUGAUAAUGAAGAAAGUCAUUAAACUGAAAAUUGUUAAGGGUCCCAUUAGAUAUGUCUAGAAAAUGGCUAAAAAUCGUAAAGAUUUUUCUUUUUCUUCACCACCUGCUUUAUAGGUGUAACACAUUGUUCUUAGGUAGCCUGGAGAAGGACUACCUAAGAACAUGACUCCUUCACUGGCUUCCUGCCUUGUAAGCAUGAUAAUCUGAGGUAUAAGCUGAUUUUUCUUAGGCCCAGGAUACUUUGUGUAACUGACAAAGUCUGUGUUCCUGUAUGCUGUUCCAGCCUUAACAGAUGCUGAAUGCCCGGGAAAGAAAAGAUGGGUUUACCUAUAAAAAAUAAAAUUCUGUGUCAUUUCCUUUGAAUGUUCUUUUUCAGAUGAUAGUUUUGCUUUAAAAUUGUUUUUGAUAAAUACUGAUAAUGAUGAUAAUUCUAAAAAUUAAAAAUUGUUAAUCCUUAAAA